AUGGCCACCCCUCGCUCUCAGCCUACCAUGGAGACUAAGAUCAAGCCUACUUCCGUGGACGGCGUGAACGGCCAAGGCGUCGCGUCAGAACAGCCGAAGAAGAAAGGGUCCACGUUCGCUAACCAAGACUCUCUCCCGAAACUUCCUAUCCCGGAUUUAGAGAGCACAUGCAAGAAAUACAUUGAGGCCCUGUCUGCAUUACAAACGCCGAGGGAACAGGAAGAAACAAAGGCCUCUGUACAAGAUUUUCUCAAGUCGGACGGCCCUAUUCUUCAAGAGAAGUUAAAGAACUAUGCGUCUUCGAAGACCAGCUAUAUUGAGCAAUUUUGGUAUGAUUCUUACCUGAACUACGACAGCCCGGUCGUUUUGAAUCUCAACCCAUUCUUCUUGCUGGAGGAUGACCCCACACCUGCCAGGAAUCACCAGGUUACUAGAGCAGCAUCGCUUGUUGUAUCGGCCCUCAGCUUUGUCCGAGCGGUGAGGAGGGAAGAACUCGAGCCCGACACCGUUAGAGGGACGCCACUAUGCAUGUAUCAAUAUUCUCGACUAUUCGGAACAGCACGUCUGCCCACCGAAAAUGGAUGCGUUAUCAGUCAGGACCCCCACGCCAAGCACAUUGUUGUCAUGUGCCGGGGCCAGUUCUACUGGUUUGAUGUCCUCGACGAGAACAAUGAUCUGAUUAUGACUGAGAAGGACAUUGCCCUUAACCUGCAGGUGAUCAUUGGGGAUGCGGAACAGACCCCAAUCCAGGAUGCUGCCAAGGGAGCUUUGGGUGUCCUCAGUACGGAAAACCGCAAAGUGUGGUCUGGGCUACGGGAUAUCUUAACGAAGGACGAAGGCUCAAACAACGCAGAAUGUCUGAACAUUGUUGAUACAGCGCUCUUUGUUCUCUGUCUAGAUUAUACUGAGCCGAGCAAUACGUCUGAUCUCUGUGCCAAUAUGCUAUGCGGUACAAGUGAAGUGGUGAAAGGUGUGCAGGUCGGAACUUGUACCAAUCGGUGGUAUGACAAGCUCCAGAUCAUUGUGUGCCAGAACGGCAGCGCCGGUAUCAACUUUGAGCAUACCGGUGUGGACGGCCAUACGGUGCUGCGUUUUGCCAGUGACGUCUACACAGAUACGAUACUUCGCUUCGCAAAAACUAUCAAUGGACAAGCGCCCACUCUGUGGGCAAGCAACAGCCCCGAUCCGGCCAAGCGUGAUCCCCGAAGCUUUGGCAAUGUCAGCACGACGCCCCGCAAGCUAGAGUGGGACAUGCUUCCUGAACUGAGUAUUGCCCUGCGGUUCGCCGAAUCCCAUCUCGCCGACCUUCUCAAGCAGCACGAGUUCCGCGUGCUUGAAUUCGAAGGGUUUGGUAAGAAUUUCAUCACGUCGAUGGGGUUCUCGCCAGAUGCGUUCGUGCAGAUGGCAUUUCAAGCUGCGUACUACGGGCUGUAUGGCCGUCUGGAGAACACCUACGAGCCAGCGAUGACCAAAUUCUUCUUGCACGGUCGGACGGAGGCGAUACGGACGGUCACCAACGAAUGCGCCAAUUUUGUACAGACAUUCUGGGGAGAGAAUCCAGCAGAGCAGAAGGUAGAGGCUUUGAAGAAGGCGACCGAAAAACACACCGCUACUACAAAAGAGUGCUCCAAGGGACAGGGACAGGAUCGACAUCUCUAUGCAUUAUAUUGCCUCUGGCAGCGGUCGUUUGAGGAAGGCUCUUCCUCCUCCGGCAAUAGUGUUGUAAGCAGUUCCAACGGCUAUUCUAGCCCUGUUGAGAAUGGCUCUACCAUUGACUCACCCAAGUCUCCGUUGUCGGAUGACGGCGUUUCCUCCACGACCAGCUAUGGCUUGCGUGCGAUUCGCCCAGCGCCACCCACGCCAGCACUCUUCAGUGACCCCGGUUGGGACAAGAUCAACAAUACUAUACUGUCAACCUCAAACUGCGGAAAUCCAUGUCUGCGGCAUUUUGGCUUCGGUCCAACGUCUGCGGAUGGCUUCGGAAUUGGCUAUAUCAUCAAAGAUGACUCGAUCUCGUUCUGCGCCUCGUCCAAGCACCGUCAGACCGCUCGAUUUUUGUACACACUCGAAUCGUAUUUGUUUGAAAUCCGAAAGCUGCUACGCGCCACCAACCGUACGACGGCCAGUCCGCGAACCAGUCGGGCUCGGGAAAUGGAGAUCAUCGCCGAGCGGCUCCAAGGGGAUCACCGUCGGGGCCGGCUCGUCCGGGGAGAUCCUGGGGCAGUGCGCCGGGGUGCCGAUACGCCAACGACCGACAGCGGAGAAAUAGAAGACGACGGCAUGGGUGGAUACGGGUUCUUCGAUGCCGGAAUGCUAUUGCAUGCACUCAAAGGCUUGAAUACAGACCGAGAGCGUAACGGAGAGAAACCCGAACGACGUCGGUUUGUUGGCAAGAAACUACGUCUAAAUGAGUACUGA